GAUCGGGUUUUUGAGUAUCGUCUGUGGCUUGCUAGGAUCAGUAUCGCGUCAGUCGCGCUCCGUGUCGGUUGUAUAUGGUAGAUAUCGAGAGAUUGUUAGUCUAUCGAAGAGAGUAUUCCAUCAUUAUUGAGACGACUCUCAAUUUCAAUUGAUCGUUAUUUAUUUAUCCUCGUCGAGUGUGGGCUCGUGUGGCACUUUCGGCAGUCGGGUGUCGCUCACGGCUUUGGUAAAGAAAUAAAUAAUGGCGAAUUUGAGACAAACACCACUCACGUGUAGCGGUCACACGAGGCCCGUGGUACACCUCGCCUUCUCCGACGUCACGGAAUCCGGCUACUACCUUAUCUCGGCUUGCAAGGAUGGUAAACCUAUGCUACGACAGGGUGACACUGGGGAUUGGAUUGGAACGUUUGAGGGACAUAAGGGAGCAGUCUGGGGUGUUGCCUUAAAUCCAGAGGCUACGAGAGCAGCUACUGGGGCUGCUGAUUUCAAUGCCAAAGUCUGGGAUGCUAUAAAAGGAGAAGAGAUUCAUUCAUUCCAACAUAAUCAUAUUGUCAAGUCUGUCAACUUUAGUUCUGAUUCAAAUCAUCUUUGUACUGGUUCCAAUGAGAAGCUUGUUCGGAUUUAUGAUCUUAACAAACCCGAGAGCACGCCACAGGUGUUCUCAGGCCACAGUGGUGGUAUCAAACAUGUCACGUUCUUCAAAGACAAUACUGCAUUGGUAAGCUGUGCUGAUGACAAGACCCUACGUAUUUGGGACAGAGCUAGUGGUCAGGAGACAAUGAGACUUGAUUUCCCAGCAAUUCCCAGUAGCAUGGAAGUGUCCAGAGAUGGAAAUGUUAUCACUACCACACACUCAAAUGUGGUAACCUUUUGGGACAGCAAAGAACUUACAAAAAUUCGUGAGUUUACCGUACCGACGCAAGUGAACAGUGCCAGCCUGCAUCCAGAUUGCAGCAUCUUUGUCUGUGGUGGAGAAGAUCUCAAGAUGUACAAGUUCGAUUACAGUACUGGAGCUGAGAUUGAGUCAUUCAAAGGACAUUUUGGUCCAGUACACUGCGUACGUUUCUCUCCGGAUGGCGAACUGUAUGCCAGCGGGUCCGAGGACGGUACCCUGAGGCUCUGGCAAACAACAAUUGGCAAAACAUAUGGACUCUGGCGUUGUAUAGAACAGACACCUGUAAUGCAAGAAAACUCCGCAGUGAUCAACAAUAAGCAAGAGGUCCCAGCAAGCUAGAUAUUUUGACAAAUCUUUCCUAAAAUUUUCUCCAUAGGCCUAGGAGAAAAAGGAUAAGAAAGAGAGAGGGAAUAGUAUGUGGAUACGUGAGUGCGUGUAUCGCGACGUCGAAUCAGUAGCAACAGCAAAUAAGGAAGAAUGCGAUUUAAAAGACUGGAGCGCAAGAAAAUUAUUCAAAAUUGUGUAAAAUAUAAUACACGGUAUGAACAUCUUGGAAAAUCAUAACAAACGUAAAUUAAAAACCUUUUGUACAUUUAUCUGUACAAUUCACACAUAUGCGCAAAAGUCUCGAACUUCUCUUGUGACAAUGAAACGUCUAAUCGCUUCCUCUUCCUAUCUCGUGGCUUGACCAUAUCGAGGUCAGCCAGCUGGUGCCAGGAUUCACUUCCUUGAUACCUUUAUAGGAGCAUAGAGAAAUUCGAGAGGUGCCUGUGAGUGCAUGUGCGCGUCUCAGAAUUUUCUCCUGUAAAUUGAAAGGAUCAAAGGAUGUAAUGGAUAAUGGGAUGGCCGACUGCCUUCCGCUCGCGAUCACGUGAGCCGAUUAUUUAUUACAAAAAAGUAAACAUUAACAUUUAUUAACAUGUUACGCAUGUGUCAUAUUAUAUCGUAUUACGAAAAUAUAUAGAGGUGUAAUGAAAAAAUAUACCAUUCUGUACGGGAAUUCGCAAAAAAAUACCAUGACUGCAAAAUACAAUUUUUAUAGAAGAGUAAUUUGACAUUAACAAA